UCUGUUCUUUCCUUUUCAAGUUUCUAGUUUUUAUCAGUCUCCUUCAUCCCCAGGGCCAUUAAAAGAUUUUUGAAAGCUCAGUGAAAAACUACAGCUCCAUUCUAUAUCCAUUGAAAGGCUAUUGACUCAUGGAGGGUUUCAAUAGUGGAUCAUCACCAUCGAAGCCAAACCAUGUUUAUCUAAGUUUCAGAGGAGAUGACAGAAGUUGCGACUUCACAGAUAGGCUUUUGGCUGCUCUUGAAAGUGAUGAUUUAAAUACCUUCUGGGAUGACAAGAAGCUUGAACCAAUUCAUUCCAUCUUUCUUCCACGUUCCUGUCUCAAAGCUAUUCAGCAAUCAAACAUUUCCAUUGUUGUCUUCUCCAAAAACUUUGCUGCUUCUACAUGGUGCCUACAGGAACUCUCUGCGAUUCUUGAACGUAUCCAUGAACCACGACAUACAGUUGUUCCAAUUUUUUAUGAUGUAGAUCCAUCUGAUGUACAGAAUCAGAGUAAUUCUUUUGAAAAAGCUUUCGCUGAACAUGAACGAAGAUUCACACGAAGUGAUGUACACAGCUGGAGGUUAGCAAUGAAACGAGUUGCCCAUUGCCCUGGUUGGUACACACCGCACAACCCAUGGCAACAAACUAUCGAUGACAUUGUGAGAGAAGUGAAGAAAAAAAUGCGAGAAUUAGUUCAUGUUGAUGUUGACAUGGUGGGGAUGCAAUCACGAGCCAAAGAAGUAAUAAAGCUUUUAGAAUUGGGUGUGAAUGAUGGGGUUCGAGUUGUGGGCAUUUGCGGCAUGGUUGGGAUUGGGAAGACAACUCUUGCCAGAGUUGUAUAUGAUAGGAUCUCUUUCAAUUUUGAUGCUUCUCAUUUCAUAUACAAAGGAAAUGAAUUUUGUAUGAGCAGUAGGCAACUACAGGGCGAGAAUAUUCUCCUAGUUCUUGAUGAUAUUAGUAGUUACAAUCUUGAACCAGUAAUUCAGACUAUAGAUGAUAACUGGUUAGGCAAAGGGAGCAGAAUCAUCAUAACAGCUAGAGAUGUAGGAGUCCUAAAGGGUUUUAAGAUGCAUGAUAUUUAUAGAGUUAAACCAUUGACUAAGGAUGAAGCUCUUCAAUUACUCUGUAGAAAAGCUUUCAGACGUAAUUUUCCUAUAAGAGGCUAUGAAGAGCAAAUAAAUAGCGUACUUGAAUAUGCUAAUGGCCUUCCAUUAGCAAUUGUAGAAUUUGGCUCAUUCUUACACAGUAUAAGAGCUUCAGAAUGGAGCAUUAGUGCCUUCAUUGAAUUCAAAAAGGUUGUUAACUUUGUAGUAAUGAAGGCCCUCAAAAAAUGUUUUCUCGAGCUGAGCCCUAAUGGUCGAAAGUUUUUUUUAGACAUUUCAUGUUUUUUCAUAGGGAAGGAUAUUAAAUAUGCAGAAGGAAUUUUAAGGUGUUAUAGAUAUGACAAAUCACUUAUGACUGUUAUAGAUCAAAAAAUACUAAUGCAUGGUCUAAUGCAAGAAAUGGGAAGAGAAAUUGUGCGGCAACAAUCCCCUUCUAGGCCUGAAGAGUGGAAUAGAUUGUGGGAUUUUAAUGAUAUUGAUCGUGUCAUGCAAAAUGACAAGGUUACUCCCAAAGUUAAAGCUAUAGUCUUGGAUCUAGAAGAUUCACAAGGGAGGACAUUAAAGGCUGAAGCUUGA